AUGGAAACGGCAGCGAUCUCGUCUUCGUUCGGCCACGCAAUGGUCCUGCAGUGUAUCCUCUACGGUGCGAUCAAGUCUCUUGCUCUGCGACGUGUCAUGGCCCUCGUCAGCGUGACCACCUCUAACAUUCCAACAUUACAAGUCAAAGGUCUGAGCCCAAUGAAUCUUGAUGUGGAAAAAAUAACGUUCGGAGCCGUUUGA